AUGGAUAACUUACAACGCGCAUGUAGGAUGCAUGAAGACGAAGACGAACAGGAGAAUUUGAAGAAGCCGGAAGACGAAGAUGACCAGGAGAAGUUGAAGAAGCAGAGACUUUGCUGGUGGCGUGACCUCUCUGAAAUUCAAUUGUUCAUGUUCGGUAGAAGAAUUGCAGCUCUUGAUGCAAGCCCUGUAUUUUGUGAAUGCAGCGAUGUUUCUUGUUGUAUGUUGUGUAUCGUUGAAAUACUGCAAAGUGUAGCGCUUUUGUGA